AUGUUCGUGAAUGCUCGCUUCGCUGGUCCCAGUACACAGAUUCGCUCGCGUCCUGCUCAUUUCGCAGGUGCACCUCCCCGCCUAGCGCGCCUCUCCAGCGCCCGUGCCGCCUUCUUCUCCGCUCGCCCCCCGCUCGUCCCCGCGACGCGCCUAGCCGUCCCACCGCGCCGCACCAAUGGAGGGGCCGUGCGCGUCGCGGCGACCACGUCGGGCGGGCAGGGCUCCGCGGGGUCGGUGGCGGUAGGCUCUUUCCGCGCGGGGCAAAAGCGCGCGGAGGUGCGCCUUCCUGCGCUGCUGCUGACGCUGACCAGCGCGGAAGUCUUGCGCGGAGGGGCGCAGGGCAGCGCGGAGGCGGUGGACGCGGCGGUGGCGGGGGGCGCGACCAUGGUGGUGGUGGGGGAGGAGGGCGCGGGCGGCGCGGGCAUGGAGCUGUUCGAGGCGGCGUGCGCCGUGAAGGAGGUGGUGCGCGGGCGAGUGCCGCUGCUCGUGGCGGAACGCGCGGAUAUCGCCGCCGCUGCCGGCGCUGAUGGCGUGCUGCUGUCCGAUAACGGUGCGAUGGGGAAGCUGGGGAGGUCAAUGCACACACUGCAUAGCACAUGGCUCACAUGCCGCACCCAUGCUCACAUGCCACACCCAUGCUCACAUGCCGCACCCAUGCUCACAUGCCGCACCCAUGCUCACAUGCCGCACCCAUGCUCACAUGCCGCACCCAUUCUCACAUGCCGCACCCAUUCUCACAUGCCGCACCCAUUCUCACAUGCCGCACCCAUUCUCACAUGCCGCACCCAUUCUCACAUGCCGCACCCAUGCUCACAUGCCGCACCCAUUCUCACAUGCUGCACCCAUUCUCACAUGCCGCACCCAUUCUCACAUGCCGCACGCAUUCUCACAUGCUGCACCCAUUCUCACAUGCUGCACCCAUUCUCACAUGCUGCACCCAUUCUCACAUGCUGCACCCAUGCUCGAUCACAGCACUCGCCUCUCACGGCUACAGUCCUUCAUCCUCCUGCAUCGCUCUCCCUGCUUCUGAACCCGCAGCCUAUGUGGCAUCCCAGCCACACCUCUUCCCUUCUUCCCUUCAUCCUCCGUCCCUCUCACGCCUUUCUCUGCCACUCCUCUCCUCUACCCUCUGCUUCGCCCCUUCUCCCCGUGGCCGCGCCCCUCUGCGCACGGCCCCUCGCCUCGCCCCGUACGUACACCCAUCCCUCAGGUCUGCCGGCAGUGGCGGCGCGGCGCAUGAUGGAGAGUGCGGCGUCGGGCCCGCUGCUGCCGCUCGUGGCGCGCCGAGUGGCGUCCGUGGCCGCCGCAGUCACCGCCACCACCGCUGACGGCGCCGACCUCAUCCUGCUCGCACCCUCCGCUGCCGCACCAGGGCGGGGUGCUAUCAGUGCCAGCAGUGCGGGGCGCAGUGCUGAUGCGGCAGCAGUGGCGCAGGUGAGGGCGCGGCAGGUGAGCAUCCCCGUGCUGGUGCAGCGGGGCGAGGGGGCCGCGUGGGCAGGGGGCGAGGGCGUGCAGUGGGUGCGCGGCGUCAUGGGCAGCGGCGCAGCUGGCGUGGCCGUUACUCUCUCCUCGCUGCUGCAGGCGGCAGCAACAGAACCAGCCGAAGCAGCAGAAGGAGCGGACGGAGUAGAAGCAGGGGAAGUAGGGGGUGUGGCAGGUGGCGGGGAGAGCAGGGCGAUGCGCGCAGCGGUGGGGCGCGUGGUGGGCGCCAUGGCUGAUGCUCGGUGGGUCACCAAGGGCAUGGGGGAGGGCGCGGGGGAGGAGAGUGAGACGGAGAGUGAGGGGGAGAGUGAGGAGGAGGGGGAGGAAAUGGGCAUGGGAGUGGGAGGUGCAGCAGGGGGCGAGGUCCUAGGGCGUGGGGACGUGGAGGAGGUGAGGGAGGAGGUGGAGCAGGUGCUAUCUGGCGUGGGGGGCCCUCCGGGGCCCGCUGCUGCGAGUGCUGUGGCAGGGGAGGAUGUACGCUUGCAGGCGGCAAGGGAGGGGGAGGGGGAGAAGGGCGAGAAGGGCGGGAAGGAGGAGGAAGAGGAGGAGGAGGGCGAGGGCAGGGAGGGGCGGGGGUUGCUCGACGUGGAGGGGCGGCGGAUCAUGAAGGCGGAGAGGAAGCUGCUCUCCUCGCUGCUCGCCCUGCUCCGUGCUGCCUGCCCUGAUAUGGCGGAGAUACAGCUGUUGGAGGACUCCCUCGCCCGACUGGGGGAACCCUUCCUCGUUGUUGUCGUGGGCGAGUUCAACUCGGGCAAGUCGUCGCUGGUGAACGCGCUGCUGGGGGACGCGUUUCUCAAGGUGGGGGUGGUGCCCACCACCAACGAGAUCACGCUGCUGCGCCACCUCGACACCUCGCCCUCCUCGCAGCUGCGUGCACGUGCCGCCCAGGCCGCGUCCAGUGCAGCGCUGUCGGCGGCAGCAGCGGGGUCGCAGAGGGGGGCGGUAGCGGGGCGGGCGGCAGCGAGGGCGGUGGCGGGGCGCAUGGCGGUGGAGGAGCAGCGCCACCCCGACGGCCACAUGAUCCGCUUCCUGCCCGCCGACCUCCUCAAACAGAUGAACGUGGUGGACACGCCCGGCACGAACGUGAUAUUGGAGCGCCAGCAGCGCCUGACAGAGGAGUUCGUGCCCCAGGCGGACCUCGUGCUCUUCGUGCUCUCCGCUGACCGCCCCCUCACCGAGUCUGAGGUGUCAUUCCUGCGCUACAUCCGCCAGUGGGGCAAGAAGGUGGUGUUUGCGCUCAACAAGGUCGACUCGCUCUCCUCGCCCGCGGACGUGAGGGAGGUGCAGGAGUUCGUCACAGCCAACGUGAAGCGCCUGCUCGCCGUCGACACCGUGCUGUGCUUCCCCCUCGCCUCGCGCCCCGCCCUCGCCGCCAAGCUCCUCCACAACGCGCCCUACCCCUUCCCCUCCGCGCCCUCGCCCGCCCUCUCCUCCUCCUCCGCCGCCCUCCCGCCGCCCGACCCCGCCGCCCAAGCCGCAGCCGUCCGCCUGCGCAACGACCCGUCCUACCAGGCGUCAGGCUUCGCCGACCUUGAGAUCUUCAUCCAGCAGUUCCUGGAAGGUUCCUCCGACGCAGGUGCAGAGCGGCUGCGGCUGAAGCUGGACACGCCGCUGGGAGUGGCGUCGGCGCUGCUGGCGGGCGCGGAGGCGCAGCUGACGGCGCAGGCGGAGGCGGCGGCGCGGGACGAUGAGGCACUGGCGGCGGUGGAGGCGCAGAUGGAGGGGUACGGCGCCGCCAUGCGCACCGACUCCCUGCUGCAGCGCUCCCGCGUGGCCGCACUCGUGAGGGAGGCGGCGGGAAGGGCAGAGGAGUUUGUGGAGGCCACGCUGCGGCUGGGCAAUGCUGACGUCAUGAUUCAGUACCUGUUUUCACCGCCUGGUGGGGGUGGUGGGGGAAGUGGUGAUGGGGCGAGUGGCAGUGGCGGCAUGCUGCCUGUGAGCAAGAGCUUUCAGACUCAGAUCAUGGGCACCGUGGUGGCUGAUGUGCGGAGAGCGCUGGUGGAGCACCACGUGUGGCUGCGCUCCAACAACGCGCGCCAGCUCGCCUGCUACCGCGACUUCGCCCGCACCCGCUGGCCCUCCGUGCCGCCCGCCCCCGCGCUGCCGGGCAGUGAGGAGGAGGGUGAGGGCGAGGGCGAGGAGGGGAGGAUUCCUGAGACAGUUGGCAUUCUGGAGGGUUUCAGCCCGCGCGCUGCUGCUCUGCUGCUGGAGGAAGAAAUGCGGGAGUCGGUGGUGAGCACGGUGACAGGGCUGGGAGUGGCAGGGGUGUCGGCGUCGGUGCUCACGGCCGUGCUGCAGUCGUCCCUGGAGGACCUGCUCGCCCUCACUGUCUGCACCGCUGGCGGCUCCCUGAACGUGCUCACCUUCCCGCAGCGGCGGGAGAAGGUGAAGGGCAAGAUACGGCAGCGGGCAGCGGGGCUCAUCAAGCGCCUGGAGGAGGGGCUGGAGGGCGAGCUGCAGAGCCGCCUGGCUGACCUGGAGACACGCAUCCGUGCUGAGCUGGCACCAUACCGUCGUGCUGUGGAUGAUGAGCUUGUGCGCGUGGAUGCUCUGCAAUCGCAGCUGCAGACGUCCACUCAGCAGCUUGAGGAGCUAAGGCAACGGGUCCGCAAUCUUGCCGUCUGA